AUGCAUUCUAGUCGGUUAGAAGUUGUGUACUAUAAGGAUUGAUAAAAAUCAAGAGAUAUUUUAUUGCGACAUGCAAAAUACACCACAAACAUUUCGAAAUACUUCAGCACCUGGUGUGAAUUUUACAGAGCAUGCGUAUGAAAAUCAUCUAGGAAGUCAUUGUCCUCCUAACAGUUAUCAACCAUACCAUAACUCUCCUUAUCCAGUUCCAUCUUCUCGACCACAUCAUUAUGGCAAUCCUCAGAUGCAGCCAAAUAUGCCUUACAGGCAUCACGGAGGAGCUUAUGCUCCUAACCACAGUCAAUAUGCAGCUGGAAUGAAUCAAGAAGUGUAUAGGAAUCACCAUUCUGGUUAUGUAGGAGCUAAUAACAGGAAUAUGCCAUCAAAACCUUGGUCUGAAAACAAUUCACCAGAUUUGAUGCCGCCAUAUGGUCAAGUCACAUCACAUCCACAGAUGAUGAAUAACUCACCUCAAAUGCCAGUAACUUCAAUGAGAUCUCCACCUCAAGCAACUUCCAAUAUGAACCCAGCAGCAUCACAGGGACAGCAGCAUUACAGACCAAUGCAGUCACCAGCACAUUCUCCACAUUCAUGGUCCCAAGCACAAAUUCCCAGCCCCAGUGUUAUGCAUUCCUCAAGGACUACACCUUCUCCAUUAUCAACCCAUGUGCGUUCUCCUGGUCAUAGUCAACCAUUUUCCCCCCCAACUGCUAUGAAUAUGCAACCUAUCCCCCCUCCACCUGAGAAUGGGCAACUACCUCAACCUGUAAACAGUGCUAGCGGCAAUGACAGCCAUAACCCAUCCAAUCCUUUGCAUUCAUUACAAAAAAUGGUCAUGCUAGAUCAAGAUUCUAAAUCUAGUAUAAUGCCCUUAUCUGCUGAUACUGAGCAGUUUGGUAAUCAGUGUGGGUCUCAUAAUUAUGUACCUGAAGAAAGUGCCAGUAAUGAAUCGAAAGACUCUGCGUAUUCCACUUAUUACAAUAUGGAUGAAAAUCGUUUUGAAUCAAAACCAAAUAAUACCGACAAUGAUACAUCUGUUUAUUCAUCUGUACAACAGGUAUCAAAUUGCAAUUUUCCUAUCACUUCUAAUCCUGUUGGUCAUGAUGAUUCAAAUUCAACAUCAAUACCACAAUGUGGGCCAAAUUCUAAUGCCCCAGAAGGAUUCCUUUCUGAUCAAAGUAAUGUUUCCUUAAGCAAAUCUACUUCUAAUUCAGAGCAGCCUCAAUGUAAAACCCCUGUUCUACAGAAUGACUGUGCUAUGCAAUUAAACCAGUGUCCACCUCAUGCUGAAUCAGCACCUAUUUUUACAGACCAAACAAAAGCUGCUGUCUCAACGAAUUCAGAACAAGCAUUACCCUCUGCUGCUACGAACUGGGUUAAUGAAGACAAAUCUAAUUCUUCUAAUUCUCAUCUAGCAGAAAUCCCAAAUGCUGAUAUUGCGGGCACUCCUGAUUCAGUAUCAGGCACUCCUGAUACAGUAUCGGGUACUCCUGGUUCAGUAUCGGGUACUCCUGGUUCAGUAACGGGUACUCCUGAUUCAGUAUCGGGUACUCCUGGUUCAGUAUCAGGCACUCCUGGUUCAGUAUCAGGCGAUCCUGGUUCAGUAUCGGAAAGUGGCCCUGUUUCUUCUAAGCAAUCCGAAAUUUCUGCUGAUUCAGAUGUAAAAGUAAAAUGUGAACAAGAUGUUGAAAUAGAAAAUGAAAUUUUGGAUGAUAUUGCAAAUGAGUCUCAAGCGCAUAGUUCAAAUCUCGGGAAAGCUUCAGGAGAGUCUGAAUUAAGCAAUUGUGUUUCCGAGCUCGAUGCGAAAGAAGAUAAUCUAUCUCAAAAUUCAGACUGUGUAGAAGAAAUCAAAAAAGAGAAACCGAGUCCAGCUAUUAUAAAGUUAUCACCAUGUUCUAUAGAAACAAAUGUUGACAGUAAUGAUUCAAAAACUGAUUUGAUAUUAAUGAAGGAAAAUACUCCAGAAAAAGACUCGAAGAAACCCUCUCUUAGAAGGCGUAAAGUUGGGGCUAGUUAUGAAGAAGCGCCUUCUCCAGAACAAGAUUUAAAGAGUGGUGCAGCUGCGGACAGUCCUAGUCCUAAACGCUUGAAGGAUGCAAAAUCUGAGUGCAAAAAAUCUAAAAUUAGUACAAUAAAUCAAAAUGAUAGUGAAGACAAGUCUAAAAAAGAAUCUUUAAGAAAUCCUGUAAAAGUUGUUAUUCACAGAAUUAGAAAGAGUGAUACAAAUGACAUAUGGCAUGUUCCUGGCAAUAUUUCUCAAGAGGAAUGUAAAAGUGAAGCUAAGCAUCAAAAAACUGAAUCAAAACCUGCAAAUACCAGCCCCCAAAUUAUAAUGCUUUCUUCUGCUUUGUCAGAAAAAAAAGUAGAUAAUCAAACAACUAGUCCUGAUUCAAAUAUUUCUGUAAAGCAAGAGGAUGAUGAUAUAGAAGUGAUUGAUGUUGAACUAACUACAGCUGCAGUUAAACCCGAAAGUACAAAUUCUCCUCAAAAAAGUUCCUCAUCUAAUUAUUCGGACAAAAAACGGGGGAGACCCGUUGGUUCAAGAAAUAAAUUUAAGCCAAAUAAUCAGCUCAAAAAGAAACGGGGAAAAAAAGGCUGUAAAAAGAGAAAGAAUGAUUUAAGUAAACAAAAAACACCCGAAGUAACAGGAAAAGUCAAAAAAGCGAAAAAUUUUAACGGGCCAUAUGUUCAUAUUAUUGGCAGCAAGGAAAAUCCAUCAUCUAUUUCUGUUGUCAAUGUUGCUCAAAAAGAAGAAGAAAAAGUGAAUAAAAUUCCAUUGAAACGGAAUUUUAACACUAGCACUGUUAGCAGAAUAAAGAAAAAACCUGUGGGCCAUUUAAGUACUUUAUCACCAACUUAUGAUGCCUUUAAUAGAGAUAAAACUUGGUUGUGUAUUUUUUGCCACAAAGGAAGUCAUCAUGAAGGACUUGGUGAUUUAUAUGGUCCUUAUUACAUAAAGGAUAAGAAUGGAGAGUCUGAUGUGAAAAACUCUUCCAGUUCUUCAGGAACUAGUAAUUCAAAAGCUAAACGACGCAAAUCAGACCACGAUGAUUCCAAAUGUCCCAAAAAAGCCAGACAAUCAUCAGGUCACUCUUCAGGAGAGUCAAAUCAAGGAGGCAAACAAGGAAGCAAGCACUUGACAGAGGUCGAGCUUUCUGAAUCUGGUGAGCCUUUAAGAGAAGUCUGGAUUCACGAAGAUUGUGUUGUUUGGUGUCAAAGUGUUUCUCUUAUGGGAGAGGAAGUUCACGGCUUAGAAGAAGCAAUUACUGAAGCCAAGGAAAAUAUUUGUUGUCACUGUAAAUUAGAUGGUGCUACUGUUGGAUGCUGGGGAAAAGGAUGCAAGGAGCAGUAUCAUUUUAGUUGUGCCAAAGAGACUGGCUGCCAGAUGGAUAUUGAAAAUUUCUCUUUGCUGUGUCCUGAACAUCAGAAAAAACAUGGAAGACAACCUAGCCCGUGCCAAUGAAAUUAUAGUCUCCAAGUUUGCUCUGGACUUUUCUUCAUGGAGUAGCUGUAUAGAUAAGGGAGGAAACAAGCACAUCAUUCCAAUUUUUACGUUUUGAUAGAUUUCAAGACUUUUUGUGUGCUACAAGAUGACUUGGAAGCUUCCUGAACAUUUAUGCUGAAUGUCUUCAAAGAUUGUCCAUUUUAUGUGAAUUUUUAUUCCAAAAAAAAUUUCGGCUAUUUCUGAGGGAAAUUUGUGGACAGAACAUCAUAAAUUAUCCCCAUUUUAUGCAGUCGCAUUUCUUUAUGAGAAAAACAUGAAAAUCAGUAAUACUUGCAGUCAUGCUGACAGUGAUGGACUAGUGCAUACAAAAAGGCAAGCUGUAAUAUAUUUGUUUUUCUCAUUGGACUUUUAUUAGCCAAAUUAAGACUGCAAAUGUGAUAUAUUCACAUCCAAUUAGUAACAACAGUUAUGCUAUUUAUUUCUAGCUUUGACUUACUGAAAAAGACCAUUUUGUUGAUGGACUUUUUACAUGGAAUUCAUUUAUAAUCUCAUUGCAUAUAGCCAUUAAAAGUACUGUUUUAAAAAUUUAGAGACUGGUGCAGUCAUAUGAAAUUUUAUGUCGAAAUCUUCCGACUUAAAUCUCAUCAAACAUAAGUGCUGCUCUGCCUUAAAAUGGAAAUUUGAAUGCAGAAAAGAAAAUUGAAAUUUUUUGUUUCAGUUAGUUUUGGUUGUUGCUGAAAUAUUUUUAUGAAACCAUAGUUCUGAACAUUGUUAGAAAAGAAUUUUGAACUUUUCAAAAAAUGUCUGCUUGUAAGUGUUUAAAUUUAUUCUCUUUCUGAAGCAACAAUUGUAGUUAUUUGCAUUGUAUUUCCAUUUUAGUAGUGUGUCUCUAUUAUUUGUUAUUCAUUAAAAUAAAAAUUUGA